AUGUCAGAUCGGGAGAAGAUCGCAGGACCGUACGAUGAUGUUUCCAUUCCUUUCUUGACAUGGCGAUCGCUAGCACUGGGGGCUUUUGCCUCAAUAGGAGGGAUGGUUUUCGGCUACGAUACGGGUCAGAUAUCUGGAUUCCAAGCCAUGAAUAAUUACCUUUACCUGUUCGGUCAGCGCCAUGCCGAUGGACACUAUGCUUUCAGCAAUGUUCGUUCCGGGUUGAUUGUCGGUCUGCUGUCGAUUGGCACACUCAAUGGAGCACUACUGGCCGCUCCUCUCGCAGACCGUGUCGGUCGCAAGCUAUCCAUCUCGUUCUGGUGUGUGAUCCUCUGUGUGGGGAUCAUUGUCCAGAUCUCCUCGUCGAAAGGGAAAUGGUACCAGGUUAUGAUCGGUCGUCUAAUCACUGGCGUUGGGGUGGGUGCGUGCUCCCUGCUUGUUCCCAUGUACCAGGGAGAGUGUUCUCCUCGACACAUCCGCGGCGCAAUGAUCUGCUCAUACCAGCUAUUUGUUACGUUGGGAAUCUUCGUCGCAUAUUGCAUCAAUUAUGGCACGGAAGGCAUCCAGAACACUGCCUCUUGGCGUAUUCCCUUGGGGAUCACCUUCCUCUGGCCGUCGCUUCUGGGAGUUGGGAUCUUAUUUUUCCCGGAGAGCCCUCGCUACGAUUUCCGACACGGACGCGUCGAGAAAGCGAAGCGUACGAUGUCUAAGCUUCACGGAGUUCAUGAGAAUCAUCGGAUCAUAGUGCGCGAGAUCGAGGAAGUCAAGGCGCAGCACGAUGCCGAGUUGUCGACCAAGGAUGAGCCGUGGUACGAAAUGUUCCGGGCUCCUCGGAUGGCAUAUAGAAUCGUCCUGGGCAUGGCGCUUCAGGCCCUGCAACAGUUGACGGGAGCAAAUUACUUCUUUUACUAUGGGACUACGACGUUCAGAGGCGCUGGCAUCAGCAACAGCUUUGUCACGCAGAUGAUUCUCGGGGCCGUCAAUUUCGGCACUACCUUCGGAGGUCUUUAUAUUGUUGAACAUUUUGGUCGCCGCAAGUCGCUCAUCACUGGGGGUAUUGUCAUGUUUGUCUGUUUUAUGGUCUAUGCCUCGGUUGGACACUUUGCGCUCAAUGUCAAGGACCCUCCAGCGACUCCUGGAGCCGGUAAAACCAUGGUGGUAUUUGCGUGCUUGUUCAUCACUGCUUUUGCCAUGACAUGGGGUCCGAUGAUCUGGACUAUCGUCGCUGAGCUCUACCCGUCCCGGUACCGAGCUCGGGCGAUGGCAUUGGCGACGGCGUCCAACUGGCUGUGGAACUUUCUGAUCAGUUUCUUUACUCCGUUUAUUGCCGGAGAUAUUGAUUUUGCUUAUGGAUACGUCUUCGCGGGCUGUCUCUUCGUAGGCAUCAUCGUCGUCUACGUCUGCGUUUUGGAGUCGAAGAACAAGACUCUCGAGGAGAUCGAUAUGAUGUACGUCUUGCACGUCACGCCGUGGAGGAGCAGCAAGUGGGUGCCUCCUCCAUCUUCCGGCGAUGAUGAUCGUGUCGGCGACAAGCUCGUCACGACGGAGCAGAUUCAGAACAAUUAUCGAGCAGCUGGCAACAAGGAGCGGGUCAAAAGGGGAAGAAGAGUCGGUGGUGGUGGACUCGACGAGACCGAGAGUGCCCAUAUUGAGAAUCUUAAUUCUCUUUACAGACUUCCUACGUUUUCCUUUUCCUCAUUUUCUGUGCCUAAUCUUUUCCCAGAUGAUAGAUAA